CCUGAUUCCUCCACCGGCAACGAUGCAGAUGAAACACAUAGAAGCUAACGUCAGACUCCGCACAGUUAAUAGUAGUAAUUAAUGUCAUACUUCUGUUUAAUUUGCGAGGAUGGUGUCGCCCACUGAAGCCGGGUAAAUCAGACGCAGAGGCAGGGGCGGCAGCGAAGGCUAUAUCUGCCUGGAGUUCAAGCAAGGACUCCUUGGUUAAAUCUCGGCCUCCAAGCAGGAUUGUAUUGGGACAAUUGUGGAUAUUGAGGGAUUAUUUGAACCGGAUUCUCUCGGCUGUGGAGGGGGCUUUUAGGUGGAAUCGGUUCUUGAUGCCCGGUGGGCCGGAGGAUCCCAGAUUAAGGAGCCCAGACUGCGGAGCCCCGGAGUAGGGCUCGAACACCGGGGAGUACAGAAGGAGUUUGACUGUCUGAUUGGACUCUGUCGAGCCUCAAGGCCCCCCCACCAUGAACCCACUGAACCAGAUGAAGGCUGGACUAUCCAACAACCCACACAGUGAGGGUUCGUACCCCUAUGACCCCUCCGGCUGGCAGCAGCCAACCAAUCAGCCGACAGGAUCCCUCUCCGUGGUAACAACAGUCUGGGGAGUGACCAAUCCCUCAGCCAGCCAGGGUAUGGGUGGAGGAGUGAUGGGGCCCGGGGGGAACCAAGGCGGGGGCCCCAUGAUGCAGGGCCCCGGGGGUCCGGGCAUGGCCGGUGGGCCAGGUGGCUACAUGGGUCAGCAGGGCUACGGAGAGCCCAGCAAAGGCUACAUGAACCAGGGCAUGUAUGGGCGGAACACUGGGGGCUACGCUGGAGGACCAGGGGGGUACACAGGGAGUUACCCGUCGAACCCCGGCGGCUCCAGAGGCUCGGCCGACUUCUCUCAGGCUGCUGCUGCCGCCGCCGUUGCUGCUGCUGCUGCUACGGCAACUGCCACCGCCACGGCAACCGUAGCCGCCAUCCAGGAGAAACAAAACCAGGAUAUGAACUAUGGACAGUUUGUGUCUCAGAUGGGAGGGCCGGCUUAUAACAACCAGUUCAUGGCCCACUCCGGCCCCCGCGGCCCACCUGGUAUGGCGCCUGGAGGUAUGGGACACGGGCCAGGACCAACCAGGGGCCCUCCUUCCAUGGGCCCCAUGUAUGGACCUGGAGGCGGCUCCCAGAGGGUCCCUCAACACCCUAACUAUGGCCCUGGACAACAGCAGGGUCACCUGAGACCCCCACAGGGCCUGAAACGCCCCUACAAUUCCGAGUCGUUCCAAGGAAUGUCUCAGCAGUAUGUUCCAGUCGGUCCCAAUGGGAACGUGAUGUCAGGUCCUGGUGGUGGCGGUGGUUCCAUUCCAGGUUCAGGUGGAGGCGCUCAUGCGGGCCCCGGCCCGUACUCUGGCCCAAAUAUGCAGUACCAUCCAGGUCUUGGUGGCCCAGGCUCUGCCCCUCAGCGACCUGGCUCCUCCCCCUCAUAUCAGACCCAUAAAAUGCCCCUCCCACAGUACCCCCCCUCUGGACCCCCCAACUCACAGUACUACAAGCAGGAGCAGUUUAACGGUCAGGGUGGAGGUUUGAGCGCUCUGAACACAGGAGGUCCCGGCGGAGUGUACAACUCCUUCAAUCAACCACCUGGGCCGGGUAGAGGCCUGCCUGGUUAUCCCUCCUCUCCAGUUCCUGGGAACCCAACCCCUCCCAUCACCCCCAGCAGCUCAAUGGCCCCGCCCUACAUGUCUCCCGGCAACAGUGAUGUCAAGCCGCCUCCCUCCUCGUUCCUGCCAGAUAUCAAACCCAACAUGGCCGGCCUGCCACCUCCUCCUCCUACAGGUCACCCUAGUGACGACCUGCGGCUGACCUUCCCGGUGCGUGAUGGCGUGGUCCUAGAGCCCUUCAGAUUAGAGCACAACCUGGCUGUCAGUAACCACGUCUUCCAGCUGAGAGACUCUGUCUACAAAACUCUCAUUAUGAGACCGGACCUGGAGCUCCAGUUUAAGUGUUACCACCACGAGGAUCGACAGAUGAACACCAACUGGCCUGCCUCCGUCCAGGUGAGUGUGAAUGCGACUCCUCUCACCAUCGAGCGAGGCGACAACAAAACUUCCCACAAGCCUUUGUACCUGAAGCAAGUGUGUCAGCCGGGCAGAAACACCAUCCAGAUCACCGUGACCGCCUGCUGCUGCUCUCACCUGUUCGUCCUCCAGCUGGUUCACCGUCCUUCGGUCCGCUCAGUGCUUCAAGGUCUGAUGAAGAAGAGGCUGCUGCCGGCAGAGCAUUGUGUCACUAAGAUAAAGAGGAACUUCAGCAGCGGUUCGAUCCCUGGGACUCCCGGGUUAAAUGGAGAGGACGGCGUGGAGCAGACAGCCAUCAGAGUCUCGUUAAAAUGUCCCAUUACUUUCCGCCGCAUCCAGCUGCCCGCCAGAGGUCACGACUGCAGACACAUACAGUGUUUUGAUCUGGAGUCGUACCUGCAGCUCAACUGUGAGAGAGGAACAUGGAGAUGCCCUGUGUGCAAUAAAACCGCUCUACUGGAAGGUCUAGAGGUGGAUCAGUACAUGCUGGGAAUCCUCAUCUACGUUCAGAACUCGGAGUAUGAGGAGAUUACCAUCGACCCGGUGUGCAGCUGGAAGCCGGUCCCUGUGAAGCCGGACAUCCACGUGAAGGAGGAGUCUGACGGUCCGGUGCUGAAGCGCUGCCGGACACUCAGCCCGAGUCACAUGGUCCUGCCUAGCGUCAUGGAAAUGAUCGCAUCACUAGGCCCCGCCCCCUCCUCCGCUGCCUCCCCGAUGCCCUACCCUCCUCUAGGGGGCAGCAAUAACAGCAACACGCCUGACUACCCUGGACCAGCUCCGUCCUAUCCCAGCCAACAUGGUGGUUUCUCAGACUUCAGUGGUCCCGGGACUCCGGGAGUAGGGGGGGACUUCUCCUCCCCCGGUCCUCCCCCUCUCUCCUACCAGUCUGAACUUUCCAGUGCCCUCCUCACUCCCGACAAACCUCCCCCACACCCGCUGGCUGGACAGAUGUCAGUCUCGAACCGUCUGGACUCCAAUUCCCAUGGUGCCCCUCUCUCCCAGCAGCAGUCGCAGGGUCUCCACGGCAACUCUCAAAUGGGGGGCGGCAGCAACCAGAUGAUGCAGCGUAGCAUCCAGAACCCCCGUCUCCAAGGUGACAGCUCCUUUGGUCUCGGGGGGUCGGCAGAGGGUCCUGAAGCAUCUCUGGAUUUGCUUCCAGAGUUGACCAACCCAGACGAGUUGCUGUCGUACCUCGGACCUCCGGACCUCCCGAACAACAACAACGAUGACCUGCUGUCGCUGUUUGAGAACAACUGAACACAUGCAAACACACACCUCCAGACAUGAGACAGACCUUUACUGUAAGAUAUGAAUGCUUUCUCUCCUCGCCCGCCAACAUGACUGGCGGCCCAACAUGGCCGUCAUCUGCACAGGAUGGAGCGGAGGACUUGAAGGAAACAAAAAAAAACUUUUAAAUAUGAAAUCUCUUUGGUGUGUGACGAUGAUGGUAACUUUAUUUUAUUGUUUUUUUAUUCUCUGAAACUGUAUUUUGAUGUUUCCUAUUCAUUCCCCGGAGUGGACAACCCAGUAAUCUCUGACUGUUUCAAGUUGGGGUGACCACUGCUUUAAAGGAAAACUUAAGUAUUUUUGAACAGAGACCCAAUUCUCCAAGUUUUUGUAUCUAACUGACAAAUGUUAACCAUUUUUUAAACUGGUGUAGUAUUGAGUGAGAGCGCAGCAGUGUGUCCAGCUCCGUGCUGUUGAGGUUAAUCCACUGAAAGUCAUUUUUUAGCCACCGCCUAACAUUUUAUAUAACUGACGCUUUUAUCCAAAGCCACUUACAUACACUUUAAUACUCCUAUAGACAUGGUAUCGCCCUGGGACACUUCUUCUCGUUGACUGCAGUGGGUGGGAUCGAACCGGUGAUGGGUAGAUCAGUUCACAAAGCAGGAUUAUGGGUUGGCAAGGUAACUUCAGGUUUAACCCUUUUAGGCUUUCAGUUUUACGACGGUUGGUCACUUUUUACCAGAGCAGAUUAUUCUCGAGACAACAGAUCAACGCGUAUGAAAGCACCGACUGAACUCCACCAUAUUUUACCCUUAAGCUGCAUUCACGUGAUGCGUAGUGAAGCGGCUUUGCGCUGAUGCUGCUGUUGUGUUUUAAUGGUGCUACCACCCCUCGGUAACCAUAGGAACAAUACUUUAUUGUGUCAGCUGCAACCCCAGGGACAAAUAUAUAAACAUGGUUCAAAAAUAUGAUUAACGGCAAAAAGCAGAUUUAACUUUCAUAUCUUUCAGCCGCGCCAUACAUAUAAGUACUUUGUAGCAAAGUAACUCGACUCGAGAAGCUGACACAAUAUAUGAUAUGAAUAUAUUUAUAUAUAUUGUCACUAAUUUGCUCAAUUAUUUUUACACCACCGUGUUUUAAGACUAAAAGGUAAACAAGAAAUAAUUGCCAAAAGAGGAGGAAUGAAGCAUCACAUUAUUUUCACGUUAACCUAAUACACAAAGGUAUUUAUAGUCAGUUCUCCUCGUACCUUAGAUGUGCAGUGAUAUUCUAAGCCUGUUAUUUGAAUCAUUCACACCGUCAGUGAUUUCGUUUUCUUUUUUGCCAGCUGUCCCUGCUGCUUUUGGCAGCUGCAACUCUGAUUCUCUGAGGCUCAAUUAUGUGUUCGUCGUAUUUCUAAUAUAAUAGUUAGCUUUGCAUUAGUAAAUGCAGCUCUGCUUCGAAUGUUAGUACUUGUCCAUGUUUGGUCGUUUUCGCUCACUGUGGACAGAGCUUCGUUCUCACCGCUUAAAAUCACUCCAAUCAAAUCACCAACUGUUGAGUCCAAAAAUAAAAGCUGUCUUCAAUAUAACUUUGAUUUAUCAAAUAUCACUUUUCUACGUUAAACUCUUCUGCUGAGGUAUUCCAAUGAAGCUUAAAAUAUCUUUUGUCAUAUUUAAUGACAUUGCCUAAAUCCUUGACUUGAAUACAGUUGCUUGAAUCAGUUUUCUAUCAUUUGGUACAACUCAUCAGGUAUGUUGGAUGCCAGCCACCUUUUGUGCAGAAUGGAAAGCAAUUAUUUGACCGUCGUGAAAAAGUUGGGCUUAAGGAUUACAAGUCAAUAAAAAUGAAUUGAUGCUUAAUAUUUCCUAGAUAAAGACAUGCUGUGAAAACAUAACAUCUAUAUGUUUACAAAAACUCUCACAUUUUUGGAUAACACAGAAAAAAUCCUAUGCAGAAGCUGAAAAAAAAGCAAUGAGGCGUGACACUUCAAAGACUGAAACGUUGACUUUGCUUAAAUGUAUUAUAUCCACAGAUUUCACAUACCUGUAUCAGGUUAGCUGAAAGCAAUAAUAUUAACUUUAAAUCAAAUAUAUUAGGUUCAACUUAAAAUUAAGGUUUUCACCUAACCUAAUACAGGUAUGUACAUAACACAUAUACAUUAUGCAUUUAAUUUAGGUCAGCGUUUCAGUUUCUUAAGUGUUUCUAUAAAUAUAAACAAAUAAAAUGUAUUUUCUUUAUCUUAUCGUUUUGGUAUCAUGUCAAAAGCUGCUAAAUACUCAGCUGUACAUUUCUAAUCUUUUGAUACCUCUUUCUUUACUCCGACACAACACGCAUUUCCAACACUCAACUCUCAUUUACAGUUUUUUUCAGAAAUCAAGUCACUUCACGUCAGAUUUAACAACCUGAGCUUGUCGUGGCAAACCAAGCUAAGCUCCAAACACUUAUACUGGACUCACAUUGACGCGGCUAACAUUUUAGCACAUUUAGCAUCUGCUGGCUGCGGCACUCUUACUCAAUACUAGACAAAACUAAAUGAAAUGUUGUCACUAUAGCCCCAUUAGCGCGAGACUAGUAUGAUCUGGGGACUUCUAGUAGUUUGUUAUUAAUGCAGAGAUCAUCUGUGGUCGUUACCUGAGUCUGCCACGUUUGAAUUUGUCAAGUAAAAAUGUCACUGAAAAUUGCCUACCAUAUUUACCGUGUUAGUCCUGUGUCUUGAUUUGGUUUUUGUUUUUUUUUGCAAAAUAUUUGUUUAUUGGGUCUAUCUGAAAUACUGGUCCUGUGUGAACAAGGUUUCAGAUACACACAAAAAGAAACAAAUUCAGACAAAGUUGAAAAAUACAGAAGUUUUCCUUUAAACACACACACACACACACACACACACACACACACACACACACACACACACACACACACACACACACACACAAAACCUGUCACUGCUUUAACACUGGUCUUUCUCCCCCAGGUUCCAGUUAAUUCCCACCAGUCAGACUAAUUUAAUGUUCAGCAGAGACAGGAAUUGGAUGUGAGUUGUGAUGAAUGAGCGACAUGGUCCUUUUAAAGUAUUUCUGGUUCACAUGUUUUAAAUGUAAAGGUAUAAAAAGUAGAAAAUUAGCUUUAAAGGAGCAUCUGUUCUGUCAGACAUUCUUUGUUUGUUUUUCAUCUGAGAUAUGUGGAGACACUGAAGGCACCAUUCACACCCAGCAACAGCGACAGAGCUUUUUGAUGUGAAUUUAUUUUUGAAAAAAUCUGGAUUUGAGGUUUAAUCUUAAAUACAGAACUGCAAAUAAGUAAUAGGUUUUUUUUUUUUCUUAAUGUGUGAUGUUACUCUUUCAUACGUGUCAGAUAACAUGGGAAGAAUAUUUUCUGUAGAACAACAACGUUAAAAUGUUCUUUAAAACAACCAGUUGUUUCCUUUGUUUUCCACUUUUGAUCCAUCGAUUCAAGGAAGGUAAAUCCAUCACCUGAUCACUGUGUAUUGUUAAGCUGUUGUGAGACUGAAACAGUAAGUUAAUCAACUGUUAAAUUGUCAGCAACCAUUAAGAUAAAAUGUCAAAUAAAAAUAGUCGGAAGAAAAUCUGUUCCAUUUACCCAAAUUUCUCUGCGAUAUCUCCGAAUAUCUUGUUUUUUUAAACAUACAGUCCACAAAUGGCAAAUGGGGCUGUCAAAAAAGGUGUUAUGCUGAUGAUAUUACUUCUUCAACACGCCUCUGAAGUUUUUCAUGAGGGAACACUUUUUUUGUUUAUAUAAUAACCUUUAAUUUCUUCAAAUUUUUUAGUCAUGUAUUUCAAAAAAUAACAUGUAGGAGCUAUUAUUAUUUAUCUUUUCAGCAUCCUGUCACUUCAUCCCAAGUUAAAUGAGUCCAAGCAAAGCCUCUCCCGGCGACAAUCACUGCUACUUUGAUCUCAUGGCAGUUGGCACAAACUCUGAUGACGUUUGUAUUUUUAACCAUAUCUGCAGGGUAUAACUGACUGAAUCUGCGAGUUGCAGAUCAAAUCUUCAUGUCUCAAAAUGUAAACGUCUUCAGACAGCACAGGAGCACCGAGACGAUAUUUCCCUGGCAACGCAACUGCAAAGUUUUGUGAUACCAGGCCAAGCCAGGGGCCUAAAUUAAGGGAAGUAGAUCAAAUCAGACAGUGUAACGGUUAUUAAAGCCGCAUAAAUAGGUCUUAAACAGAGCGAAAUAGAAUGGAUCACACUGCAUGUUGGGUUGCCGAGUGUAAAUGAGUGUGUUAAGGACAUCUGGACGGACAUCUCUUGGUAUAAAAGCUUUGGUAAAAGUUUUGUCACAACCUGGAGGGUCGCUGGGGUUCUCACUCCUGCGGUUAAGUCUUUUGGUGAGGUUUAACUCACCCACCAUCCAGGCACCAAGACAGACUAUUAAUUUGACAAACUUCGAAAUUGAUGUUAACAGCGGAAGAUUUGUGACAAAAAGUGUGUGCCUAGAACUGUUGCCCUGAGAUCAUAUUUGUUGUGAGAGUUACUGAGGGAUCAUCUUCAUCCUCCUCCUCCUUAUCCUGCUUGUUGUAAAGUGACUACAGUCCUGACAGUUGUGGUGUCUCCAUGUCUCAAAAAAUAAAUCUGUACAUGAUCACCCUGUAUGAUUUAGUAAUAAUGUGAAUAACAACAAUUUGUAAUUUAAUAAACACACACUGGAAAGACACACAGUGGCCAUUUUAAUAGUCUGGCUGAAUGAAAUGUUUGCAAAGAAGACUAGAGGAAGAAUCAUGGAAAAAUAACUAGAAUCAAAAGGAAGAUUACAAUUAACAUCAGUUAUUAAUCCCAUGCAGAAAAAUCAAGCAAUACAGAGGUAUUAGCUAUUAUUAGCUAGAAGGAUUUUAAACAAGCAGAAAUACCAAAUAUUCUCGAGUUCUAGCUUCUCAUAUGUGCUGCUUUUCCCUGUUUUGUAUCACAAUAAAAUUCAUAUCUUUGUA